GAGCGCUGGUGUGCCACCCUCAGUAGUGUAAAGAUGGCGACGCCCAGUGAACUGUCGUUGGAGGAAAUACGCAAAUAUUUAUUGGAAAACGGUGGUUCAGUGCGAAAUCACGACCUUGUGAAGUAUUUUAAGAAGUUUCUCACAGAUCCCGAAACACGAGUGGAGGCACGAAAUAGAUUCAAGGAAUAUGUGAAUAUAUUGGCCACAAUCAAAAAUGAGGAGGGAGAAAAAUAUUUGUUGCUGAAGAAAAAAUAUCGCCAAACUUCAUUAGAUCUCUCAUCUCCGGGUUUUAGUUUUGGUAUCUCGCCUACUUCGCCAGUUAGAACUCCUGACCUUGCAACUCCUGUUUCUCCACUUCGUGAACCACCGCCUUAUCGUCCGCCACCUCCGGCCCCUUUGAGUCCUACAAGUCCUACAAGUUAUACCACAUCUCCCAUUUCUCGUUAUCAAAAUGAACUUUCCGAAGAUACCACUGGCGUUUUUCAUAAUAAUUUUGAGAGAAACUCCAAAGAAACAACAAGUGCCUUUAAACAAUAUACGGAGGAAACGGAUCUUCCAACAUCACCACCUGUACCACCCAGACGAAAAAGUCAAGACAAAGUCAAAGUGGAAAACAAGGAAAAUAUUAGUGUCGAAAAGCCGAAAACUGUUGCCGAAAUCAUCAUCAAAGAGGACGAGAUUCCAACGACACCACAAUCAUCAGCUGAACAACUAAGUGUUCGUGAGCGAAUGCAACGUUUCAAUCGAAUGGCUACUGAGACUGAUCUUAACGUUUGUCCUAGUGGAGCUACACCACCUAUUAAGAAACGAUCGGAUAAGGGUACGGAGGAGGAUGACAGAGCUUCCGUUGCUUCGCAACUGGACGGAAAGUCACGCGAAUGGCUGGUGAGGGCUGCACAAGGGGAUUACCAGGCCCUGGCGAAACUUGCUGCGGAGGAACCUCGUCUCACCAGAAUGAAGGAUCCAUCUUCCGGCUAUACUGCACUUCACUGGGGCGCAAAACACGGAGAUGAGGAUAUCGUCAAACUGAUAGCUGGCACAUAUAGGGACUAUAUAAAAGGCGUUAAUGAAACUUCGAAUGGGGGAUACACGCCACUUCACAUAGCAAUGCAGUUUGAUCACGAGAACAUUUUCAAUCUUCUGGUUCAAGUUUACGGGGCAAAUCAGGAAAUUCGUGAUUACAGUGGAAAAAAAGCCAGACAGUAUCUAGUUUCUCAAGAGGCUGCAGUUAGUCAAGAUACCUUUCGCAAAAUCAAAGCAAGGAAAAAGCAUGCAGAGAAAGAUCUUGGUUUUCUUCGUAUUGGCUCACUGAACGUUCGCGUCAAACGAACAACGGAAGCCUUCAGCCAAUUCCUGGGUGUGGCCAAUAAUAAUGAAAAAAUACACAAAAACUUUGGUUCUGCUGACAAUAUUCAGCUCGAUAAAUUGAUGCCACCGCCGAAAUAUGGAAUAAAGAAGCGUCGUAGCAGAAGAGCACAAGAUUUCACAUUGUCUAGGAAUCAACAUUCUACCAGCCAACCGAGUACACCAGUUUCUCAAGGAAAGGUGUUGAAUUAUCGACAAAGACAUGAGAAUCGAAGACCAGCGUCCACCAUCUCCACUAUUUCUACAGUACCCACGAAUCCUCAGAACGACUCAGAUUCUGAUACUACAGCUGGUUUCGAUUCCGCUUGGCGUGGUGGUUCUCACAUCUAAAUUUCCAUUCGAUUUCAUUAAAAUUGAUGAAAGCAAAUUAUAAACAACUAAAUUUUCGAGAAACAAAUUUUAGAACAAAACAAAAAAUACUCUUAUCUAAUUCAAUUGAAUUUGAAUUAAAGAGUUUCGCAAGUUUUAUUUUUCUAAUAUUUCUAAUAAUUUAUUUAAUUAUAGAAAUUUAUUUUUUUAUUUUAGUUGACUCUGUUGACUCUGUUUAUUAUAAAGUUAAAAGUCUUGUAUAUUUUUUUACGUAUAGAGACAGAAAAAGAGGGAUGAACCUUAUGUGUGAGUAUAAGGUCUUAUAGAAUAUUAUUUAAAAAUAUAUUUUUAGAUUUUACUAUAUUUAAAAGUAGGGAUCGUCAGCGAACUCGAAAGAUCAUAAUUAGUGCAGUUUAGUAGCUAAAUUUGCGCAGUAGUGUAUAAUGAGUAUUGUAAAAGCGCAGUAAAGCAAUUUAGUAGUUAUACAUUCACGCAGAAGUGAAAUAUUCUAUUGUUUUCUUAUUUCGAGAAUAGUGUACUUCGAAUAUAAAAAUAAUUUGUUUUCUAAAUUUAAAUUAAUCAAAAAUAAUUUGUUAUAGUAAAAAAAAUCACAUCACAGAUUUAAGUAGUAAUAUUUCUACUGAUAAUUUAGUUAAAAAUAACUAAUUAAUUUGCGCUUUUUGUUGUAUGUCAAAACAACUAAACUUUUUGGUAACUAAUUUAGUUGCGAGUAUUUUUUUGCAAUUAUUCUUCUACUGAAAUUAAUUGUUUUACAUAUAAUAAAAAAUUGUAAUUUUUUAAUUAAUUA